GAUACUUGAAUUUACUUUUAAGUCCCUCAUAGAAGUCCCUUAUUCUCCUGCCCCCUCAUUUCAUUGCCGUGUUGCUAUUUACCUACGCUUGCUUUUUUCUCUAUCCGACUCCCGUUCUCACACUCUGCUCUGCGAAUAUAUAGCCGAUCCAAUCUUUCAGGAUUUGUCGAGGACGAAAAGUUCGAUAUGGGUCAGAUCCAGUACUCAGAAAAAUACUUCGAUGACACUUACGAGUACAGACACGUUGUUCUUCCUCCUGAAGUGGCCAAAUUGCUCCCCAAGAAUCGCCUUCUCUCUGAGACUGAAUGGCGUGCAAUUGGAGUUCAGCAGAGCCGUGGAUGGGUUCACUAUGCCAUUCAUCGCCCUGAACCACACAUCAUGCUCUUCCGAAGGCCUUUGAAUUAUCAGCAGCAGCAAGAGAAUGAGCAAAGCAUGCUUGCUAAGUGAUGCUAUUACUCCUUAAUUGUCAAAAUGGAGAAUAUAAAAUAUAAGGGUUUAAUUGUUUUCGGAAUUCUGGUAUUGUAUUGUAUUUUGGUUCGCCAUACCAAUUCUAUGCUAGUCUUUCUGGUGUAUGGAUAUGGUGUCGACAUCUUUCAUGUAAUUAAUGCUACUGGUUUAGACUUGUGGUGGUGAACUUCUGGUGUACUUCUUGUGGAUGAAAAACCUCAUCUGAAAUCUGAAUAGAUGAAAGCUUCUUAUUCUA